AUUCAAUACCUAGAAUCUCCUAGAUAAUGGUAGCAGUGAAGACUCGGUUAUUUAAAGUUGUGUUUAGGUAUAAUCAUAAACAGCCUUCUAUUUGAAAACCGGGUGAAGGCAGAAUGGCACUGAAAGGCGGACUUGUCCUAUUGUUUCUCCUGACAUUUUCCUCAUUCCUUGACUGUUCCAAUGCGGAGCAAGAUUCUCGUCCUGAUGGCGGAUACCAAUCUACACCGGGUUUGACUGGAGCCCGGAGUGGUAAUGUUACAACGGACAUAACUUCUGAAAGAAAUGAACGAGAUACUCAGUCCAGUUCUGAUGCGGAUUCUCAGCUUUCUAUUCCCGGGUCUCUUGAUAUCGAUUGGAGUGACUAUUCUUCAUCCUACUCACCAAGCGAAGUUCCGAACGCCGAUACAACUUGGCUGUGUCCUACUGGAGGGGGCGGGCCCCUCGGGCCCCCCUGGAUCCGCCUAUGCAUAUUAUGGCUUAUUUCUGAUAUAACAGAACAAGGUUUUGUAUAUUCUUAAUUUUGGGAUUCAGACAAGUGUGUGAACUCCUCUGCAUACAUAGAUGAAUGUGAAAUGAAUUCAAUGAAAAUUGAAUCUAUGUACUGCACCUGUGAUUACGACUGCGAAUUUUUCGACGACUGUUGCUAUGGGUACAAUGUGACAAAUAGUACAGCGCGGGAGCCUGAAACGAUGGAUCUUGAGAAGCAAUAUUGGAGUUGCACCGCAUUUUCCAUUGGCGUCGCACACAAUUCAUCUUGCAUUUACAACCACUUUGUAGUUAGUAGAUGUCCGCCAGUAUCUGAAGCUGACAAUGAGUUGGUACAGAGAUGUGAAAACCCCAUCGCCAAUGAUACUGUCUUCUUUGACCCAAGGAAAGUCUUCUACCGUAACAGGUACUGCGCUCUUUGUCAUGGCGUCAACUCCUCCGAACUCACCCCUUACUUCAUAUUCGUACCAUGCCUUGACAACCUUCCAACUGAGGAUACAUUUUGUGGACAGAAACCGUAUGAAAUCGACGGGAUUGUCGCUCCUCUUCCUCGGUCGUGUUUCGAUGAUUCUACCGUCAUUUCACAUUGUGACUCGCAAAUAAACAACCAAAGCUCACAAUCACUUUGUUCAAACGAAAAGGAGCGGAGGGUCUUUAUUAAUGGAAGUAUUUACCGAAACGAUGAUUGCGCAAAGUGCAAUGGGGUGCAACUACCUAACGAUACACUUAAAUGUAAUGAUAAUGUCCCUAUAAUACUACCUGUUAACGCUUUUAACGUGGGUUAUUAUUAUCCUGUACUCACAUGUCUUGAAGGCAUGAUACCAUCUGGAACAGAAUGUGUUCCAGAAGGGAUGUUAUGGCCAGAAUGCGAUAACAGAACCAUCAUUUUUGCUGUUGUAGCCAAAGGUUCUUGGCAGUGUUACGAUGGUUUUUAUGGUUUAGAAGUUAUAAAGUCUUUACUAACACUAGAAACUCCUGUUGUCUCCGAAUAUGAUUUCAAUUUUGACAUCGAUGACUUAAAUUUCACCACCUUCUUAGAAAUCCCUGUAGACCUCUUCCCCACAUCCUUAAGACAAUUUAAAAGCGAUGUUGAGGCAAGCCUAGAGGAAUUACAGGAAAAGAGCUGCCCUGAUAAGAAAGUUAUCAUCCGUGAAAGAUGCAACGUUGACUUUGGUCUUAGUAGGUCUACUUCUUUAUUUCAUGUUCAGGAUAAACCCCAGUUAUUUGAACCUAUAGAAUACAAUGGGACUGUCUAUAUCGCGUAUGAUAACACUACUUUCAUAACACCAGUUUUGUGGGAAAAUGACACCUACCUCACACGUUUCUCAGAUGAAUGGAAUUUUACCAAAGAAAUAUCCUUUUCCCUUUAUGGACAUGUCGUAGACUUACAAACGUGCGCGUCAAUCAUUGUUGGAGCUUCUCUCAUUACCGAAAACACAAGGGGAAACGUGACCAUUUUAAUAUACCAAAGCAUUUCAUUCCCUCCGGAUAAGUACACCCGUUACAAGAAUGGAUCUGUCCGUCUCUGCUGGACUUUGUCCGAUCCUCCAGAACCUGUCAGCUUGUUCAGUUAUUCCAGAGGACAGUAUCUCCUGAACAUCAUCCUUUUUACUCUUUCCAUGACGUGUCUCUUGGCUACGUUGAUCACAUACUGCAUCUUCAAGCCUCUGAGGAACCUUCAAGGCAUAUCUACAAUGAACUUUGUUUUUGCUCUUUUCGUAGCGCAGGUGAUGCUCCAAUUUGUGUCUUCUUCCGUGAGCUCAAUUCCAACCGCUUGUACGAUAGCAGCUGCUAUAACACAUUAUUUUCUGCUCGCUGUCUUCACCUGGACAAAUGUCUUGGCAUGGGAUCUUGUUCGUCACUUUGCAUCUUCAUCCUUUUUACCAAAGAGACACAUAGAGACAAGACGGAUGACUGUCUACCAUACCAUUGGUUGGUGUCUUCCUCUCACCAUCAUCGUUCCAUGUCUCAUCGUCCAAAGCCAGAACCCAUCACUCUUUCGCUAUGGCAAGAUCGGAUCAGGUUGCUGGAUCUACCAAGCGAAAUGCAUUGUCUUGGCCUUCUUGGUGCCUGUUGCUGUCAGUUUUCUUAUCAAUCUUGUUUUCUUCGUGUUAACCGCAUGCGGUGUUCACAAGAGCAAACGUGAUUCUAGAGUCCUUCAUGAAGGCACGGGAAAGCGACAUAAGGAAAUGUUCACCGAAUUGGCGGUCCACUUUAAGAUAUCCUGUCUGCUUGGUUUUGGAUGGACCUUUGGUUUCAUCGCUUCAUUUGCCAAUUCUGCUACUGUUUGGACCAUCUUCAUCCUCACCAGCUCUCUUCAAGGGAUAUUCGUUUUCAUCUUCUUCGGCGCUAAUCAACGAGUAAGGGAUCUCUGGCGAAAAAAGGUUUGCGGAUCGGCAGCACAAACCAGAACCUCAACUAUGGCAUUAACAUCUUCUACAAGAGUAGGAUCAAAGACAAAUAAUAAUAUAAAAACUACUUCUUCGGGUUCGACUACCCGUGUAUAGGAAUUCAGCUCUAUUUUUUUUCAUGAACUUGUCAAUUAUUGGGCGACUAUUUGGCCUACGCCUGACAGAUGAAAUGCUUUAGUUUUGGGGUCUUAGUCAGAGAAUAUGACGUAAUUAUCUUUUAACUCAUUAGUUAUUAACAGUACUUGAUAUAUGUUGCAUAAAGUUUGAUGUUUUCUGACAGUUGAAAUGGUUGUUCCAAAAUUUGCCAAGCCCGGGAUUAGCACUUGAGGGUAACGAACCUUGAAUUUGUGCACAAUACCAAUAUUUUUAAUAUUCACCGGAUUCGGCAAACUUACGCAUGCCUCAUGCGGCAUGGGUCUUAUUAUCACCAAAUGGCAACAUAACCUAAAAGUUCAAAAGGUAAAUAAAAUAAUCAAAUUGUUCUGAUUGAUGGACGAAAUGGAUUUGUAUAAGUUCUCUGAUAAGGUAAUGAGUCACAGAAUGAUUAGAAGUUUGGACUAAUAUAAGAGGUGGGGUGGCUGAGUGGUCUACAAGGCGCCUAGAAGGUCCUAGAUUCAACAUCCGACCAUGGCACCGGUAUGACCCUGAGCAGGGCAUUUCAUCUACCUUGCUAAUUCACGUCUUUCGGAUUGUGACGUUAAAAGUCGGUCCUGUUAAAUAAUUGUAACGUGUCAGAAGCACAUCUGUAAAUAAAAUAAAAACAGACUCAAAUAGGCUAUACACAUGAAACACGCCAUAUACAAUUUUAUACAACGCUGAACCAUUAUGAACUUUACAACAGUUGUUUAACAGUGUAAACAACUAUCCAUAAUUUAUUGAAUAUGAAAUAUUUAACUUUGUUGUUUAAUAUCUUAAACAAUUGAUUAACCUCUAAACAUCCACUGUAAAGUGUAUACAGUAAACAGCAUUGUUUCCGUGCGUUGUAUGAAAUUUAAAAUUUAAAAGUAUAAAAUUAAACAGCGUAGGUAUAUAGUUGCCUUUUCCAACUCUUUCAAGAUUGUUACCUCAGUAAAAGUAGUACGAAAUGGAAAGCUAGGCAAUAUCCAAUUUGAAUGAAUUAUUCGAUGGCAAGUACGAGUAGUUGCCCAACUAAAGUGUAACCAAAUGUUGUGUAAUUGUAGAGUUUGGUAAAAUUUGAUGGGUCACGUGAGCGAUUAUAAUUGCCCGAUAUUGUGAUUACCCAACAUUACUUGCCAUGAUGGUUAUCCGAUAGCAAAAUAUCAAAAGGGAAGUCCACCCCAAUAAAAUUAAUUUGGGUUCAAAUAAAAAAAAAGAGGAAAAUCAAACAUACAUGAAACUGAAUAUUCAUAAAAAUUGGAUCUAACAUUUUAAGCUUUAGCUAAAAACCCCAAACAGUUAUGUAUCCAUCUUGGUUGGUAUGCAAAUAAGGGAACGGAUGACAUCACUACUCGUUUUUUUAUUUGUUUAUAACAUAGAAAGCAUUCUUAUUUUCGUCAUUAUAAUGUGAAACUGUUGAUACCUCUCGGCCUGAAGAUGUGGAAAAGUAAACUUUUCAACGAAAUUUACGUUAUACCAAAUCUACACAUACUUAAAUUGUUAUCCAAUUGAGCAAAUUUAUCACCAAAUUUGGACAGAUUUCAAACAAUAGUUGUGUGAACAGUAAAUGUUGCCCAGUGAUUGUUUUUGAGAGAGCACAAAUUGAAAUAUUGUAUAUUAAUCCAUAUAAUAAAAUGAAAAAAUGAAUAAUGGCUUUGUGAAUUUCAAAAUAUAAGUGUCUCAUUUUGCAUUAGAUUAUGAAAAAGAAAAUCAGACAUGAUUAUAUUCGUUUGAUUUUUUAAUUAUUCAAAAUUUGAAUUAUUCAAAUUUUUGUUGGAAUGGACUUGUCCUUCAAUAAUCAUUAUUACAUUACAGUAUUAUCUAUCAGUACAUAGCAUCCCCCAAAUAAUCAUCUGAUGUAUUGCAUGGAGUAACAACCUUAAGUUUACCUUCUUACUUAAAAUGGCAGUUGAUGUUCCGAAAAUAUAAAUAAUAUCAAAUCAUUUUACACAAUAACUUUUAAUUCUAUGCUAAUCCAUUUGUCAGUAUUUGACAAAAGACCGGGUUUUGUACAAGUAUUUUGAAAUACCGUGUUAAAUGCAACGUUCCGUUUAUCUUAUUAACAAUAAAUAUAACUUACAGAACAUAAA